CUGGACAUGGCGGGCGGAUUGGCCCCAUCCUAUUGUCGUAAAGCUUGCAGGAUUCUGGAACAGAUGGCUUUUGAAGUCUAAAUUCCUGAACUUUCCAUUCGCUGCUCUGCAUCAAUUGAAAGAGGUUAAGUAUUAAGAUUUUCAGCCGAUAAGUCACGACAGUAUUCCUGGGGUAGAAAUUCCCGACCUUCUUCAUCUUACAUUGGUGGCAUUUUCCUUCUUCGUGUUUCACCUAGAGGGGUGACCCAGUUUAUUGUGCAGCCCGACUGAGUACAACAGUUCAGUGAUUCCACUCUGCAGCAAGUGUUCCGCCAGGAAAACCUACAAUGGACAAAGUCCCACAAAGCGUCCAUUCUUCACCACACAGCCCUUAUCUCACUUCGCACGAUCUCCUCUGGUCAAGCAGUGGUUAAAACUCGGAGGACCCAAUGCCAUUCACUCACAGAUCAGGAGUAAACCCUUUGGACUGAGAGGUCAGGCGCUUUCGUUAAAGUCUCUGAAAGCUUCAAGUAUUCACUGGCAGCGGUUCCAGUAGCAGAGAGGGGCAGGGAAGCGUGUGCGAAACCCAGCCACAGGAACAUGGAAAAGAUCGCUGUGAUCGCCAAGAAGGUUUGGUGUCUCCGCAAAAGCAUCGUGGUCUGCUUGGCCCCUCUAGUCUUUUCACCGAUCCUCUUCACCACGCCUCCCAAGGAGGGAAGAUGCCUGUAUGUGAUUCUACUCAUGGCGAUGUACUGGUGCACAGAAGCUUUGCCGAUCGCUGUGACAUCCCUGCUUCCCAUGAGCCUCUUUCCCCUACUUGGUAUUUUACCAUCUUCCAAAGUCUGUCCUCAGUACUUUCUCGACACCAACGCUCUCUUCUUGAGUGGCCUGAUCAUGGCAUUGGCGAUUGAGGAGUGGAACUUGCACCGCCGAAUAGCAUUGGCUGUCCUUUUAUUUGUGGGAUUGUCUCCAUCCAUGCUUAUCCUGGGGAUGAUGAUCACCACAUGCUUUCUGUCAAUGUGGCUUAGUAACACUGCCACUACUGCCAUGAUGAUGCCAAUAGCCAAUGCUGUGCUCCAAAGCUUAUUUGGCAGCAUGGAAGUUACUCCGAGGUCUGGUAAGAUUAAAGGUGGCUUAGACACUAAAGAUAAUACUUCAAAAGAGUCAUUACCUAAUGAGACAUCAUGUUUUAUCAGUGAUGACAGCAGUAGCCAUCCACAGAAGUUGGAGACUGAUGUCAGCUUCACACCAGUCCAACAGAGGAAGGAGAAGGAAAGCCAGAAGAGACUGUGGAAGGGUUUCCUUGUCUGUAUACCUUACGCUGCGAGUAUUGGAGGCACAGCCACAUUGACUGGGACAGCACCAAACCUGCUUCUACUUGGGCAGCUGAAAACGUAUUUCCCUGGUUGCAACAUGGUGAACUUUGCAUCCUGGUUUAUGUUUUGCUGUCCUGUAGCGAUCCUGUUCCUGUUUGCCGGCUGGCUGUGGAUUGCUUUCCUAUAUGGAGGACUCAAUCCAAGGUCAUGGAGUCAGAAGAAAACCAAUAACACUGAGUCUCAAGCCAGGGUGAGAGCUAGAAUAAGGAGCGAUUAUGAAAAACUGGGGCCAUUAACGUUUGCAGAAUGUGCUGUUUUGGUUUUCUUUGCCUUCUUUGUGGUUCUGCUUCUCACGAGAGAUCCAAAAUUCAUCCCUGGAUGGGCCAGUAUUUUCCCAAAAGGAUAUGUGUCAGAUGCAGUGACUGGAAUGACAUUUGUUUUUGCGUUAUGCUUCUUUCCAUCUCAAAAGCCUUCAUUGAAGUGGUGGUUUGAUCCGAAAGCCUCAGGAAAAAUGAAUCCACCACUGCUAAACUGGAAGAAAAUUCAGAAAGAUUUACCUUGGAAUGUGGUCCUACUACUCGGAGGGGGAUUUGCAAUAGCAAAAGGGUGUGAGACUUCUGGACUGUCCAUCUGGAUUGGCAACCAACUUCAGCCGAUGGUGUACAUCAAGCCAACCAUAGCUAUUAUCCUGAUCUGCUUGUUGAUAACAUGUUUUACUGAGUUUGCCAGCAACACUGCUACAAUUGUAAUCAUGUUACCAAUCGUGGCUGAAUUGGCUUUGCACAUGAGGGUGAAUCCCCUCUAUCUGAUGGUCCCUGCAACUGUUGCAGGUUCCUAUGCUUUCAUGCUUCCAAUAUCAACACCUCCAAACUCAAUUGCUUUUGCUACAGGCAAUCUAAAGGUCAUUGAUAUGGUGAAGUCUGGGAUCAUCAUGAAUUUUUUGGGGAUCUUUCUGCUGUUGCUGGCCAUAAAUACCUGGGGUCUGUAUGUGUUCGAACUGUCCACUUAUCCUGACUGGGCCAGAAUCCACACACACAGCACCCAGAAUGUCACCAUGAUCUCUCUGAAUGGAACCAUGUAAUACACAACACUAUGAAACAUAGAGUCACAAACUUUCCAAGGUCAACGCUAUAAUGUUGCUAAAGCAAACCAACUGUCGAGAAAUUAGAUUGGGUCCAACUGUGAGGAUGUGAAAAAGACCUGAACAAUUCACACAUGAUUUUUUAAAAAAAUUGCUGUAUGCUAAAUUAAACAUUAACUUCUAUGUUGGAUAUAAAGUCAUAAUAGUUUUCUUUUAAA